ACGGUUGCACUCUGCUGUUGCAUUGCUUGAUCCCGGCUAUCACUUCCUAACCAGAGCCCAAGCACCCCCCUCAAUCACAACAACCACAACAUAUUCAUCAAGACACUGUACCCAUCGAUCCAUCCUCCAUUCUGCGCCGAGUACCUACAGUGCUGAGGGUGUUUGGUAGCUGGCUGGAUGAGCACUCUCCCUUGUCGUCCACCUUCCCAGGAGAAUCCCAAAAGAAUCGACGUUGUGGACCGGUCUCUAUUGUGUUUUAUUAUUAUCACCUCGGGCUUCCAUGACACAUUCGUCUUCUGCCGCCAUGUUCUCCCGAGUGGCAACGCUCAAGAACCAUCUCAAGCGGCACAGUCAGAAGCUAACUUCCGUAAAAUUCGAUGUUUGUCCGAAAUGCGGGUAUAACAGCACUGACGCCGAUAACCCGACCUCUCUCCCGGGCGGAAUCAAUCCGAGUAUCCUCCUCGACAGCUCACCAUCGCCGCAGAUGCUACUCUCAGAGGGCAAUGUCGUCAUCUACGCCAACAAAUGCGCUGCGAGAGUCCUGAGGGUCAGGCAAUUGGAUGACCUCGGAGAGGAAGAGUCAAAUGUUGCGGUGGGCGGAGAGGAGCACUGGAUUCCCCCGGAGUAUGAUGUGCAGCGGGAUGAGAACUUGGAUGAGGAGGGCUUUGAGAAGCCUCUCGCCACGGGUCUGGAAGGACACACCCUUGACCAGUUGAAUAUUCUACUCGCGGACCCGGGCAUACGGCAGUGGGUCUCCCUUAUCCAGGUCUUUGAGAAUAUCAAGAUCAGACUCCAAAAGCAAGAGGCGUGGAAGAACGGGACGGACGCUGCUGAGAGGGCGGAGAUGUAUGGAGAGGGCCCCAAGUACAACAGCUACGACUACUACGGUGAACAGGAGCAGUUAAAGCGGGGAGACGGUCUUCAUUCGGAUCUUGCCACGAGAGACACGGCUCCGGUUUGCAUUGAACGAGAUGAUGGCAAGGAGAUUCCUGCUACGAUGUUCGUUGCGCUUGUUGAUCCGUUCCACACCGGUUAUUGCUACAGUACGGUGACGUUCAUUCCAGGACUUCUGGAUGAAGAUGCUACAUUUACUACACAGACGGCUACCGAGGACAAGCACCGACGCCGGAAGCGCGACAUGUUGAGGAGAAAACAGCACCAUCAUGCCGACGAAGAGAAAGAGCUCGUCGAUCCCGCCAACCCAUUGGCAGACUGUGCCGUAGGCCAGUCAGGGUUGAACAUGAUGCAGCGAGUAGCACACAUCAAAGACAGGAUCCUAGACCAGAUGGAUUAUUGCUUUAUUGCUUUGUCUCCGGAUGGUGACAUCGUGAUCACGAAUGCUGCAACCAAGGCGGUUCUGGGUCAAGAGACUUUACAGGCGAGCAUAGGUGAGGGGUUUGAAUGGAUCGCUCGUCUUGAUAUUUGGCGACCAGAUUUUUCGGAGCGGCUGCCUUUUGAAGAAUGGGCUCUCAACAAACUCAUCACCCACCGACAGCCAUUAACUCAGGUUAUCGGCUUGUAUGCGGGAACGAUACCAUUGGUAGUUGAAUUGAGAGGGAAAUGUUUGUACGAGAACCCAGAGAAGGAAGAGGGAUUACUUGCGGCUUUGGCGAUCGUCGUGGAUCAGACUCAAUGGUUCUCAAAGGAGAAGCAGAUGACAGACGUCCAGACCAGACAGGAGAUGUUCAUCUCCACCAUCUCAAGGGAGCUCAAAACACCCGUGGCCGGAAUCAUAGGGUUGCUGGAGCUUUUGUAUGGCACAAGAGACAAGCUGAACGAGGAGCAAGUGAAUUAUAUCCGUCAAAUUUUCGGCUCACUCAAUUCUCUCUUGCUCGUACUCCAGGACAUCAUCGACUUCAACAAGAUUACCGCCGGCGAGGUUGUCAUCGACCGGCGAACUUUCAUCCUGCAGGAUCUUGUGGAAGAGCUGGAGACAUUGUUUUCGGAGAGCAUGGCUAAAGACGGGAUCCGUUUCGAAGUCGACACAUCGGGAAUCGACAAGAGUGCUUUUGGCGAUGGUUCACGCUUAAUGCUGGUGGGCGAUGACAGCAAGAUCCGGCGAAUUGCUGUCAACAUGUUGUCCAACGCCUUCAAAUUUACGGUCGAGGGAGAAGUGAGACUGAAGGUUUUCACUCAAAAAGUCAUGAGAAAUUCGCUGGAGGUCAAGUUUGAGAUCCAGGACACUGGCCUUGGAAUCUCCGACGAAGACCGACAGACGCUUUUUGCACCUUUAGACAAGACUUCUGCACAGGACUCAAAGACGAUUGGAGUAGACGGCAUUGGAUUGAACAUUGCUCGGAAGUUCGUUUCUCUGCUGGCUGGUGACAUUGGGUGCAUGUCCAUCCUCGAUAGAGGUACCACGUUCUGGUUCACAGUACCAUGCGGUCGACCAUCUCCCGAAUCGGAGGUCGUAUUUGGUCCAAAGGAGAAGACACUCUCGAAAACUCUUGGCAUCGUCAUUCACAGCAAAGACCUGGAAGACGAAGAAAAUAAGAUGGCAUCCGAGUUCGCCAAGAUCCACAUUGAGGGCACUGUAGUGCUAUUAGUUGAAGACAAUUGGGCUCAUCAGGUGGUCAUGGGGAAACGGCUGGAGUCGAUGGGAUGCGAGGUGGUUAAGGCUCUGAACGGUCGAGAUGCCAUCAGUAUCCUCAAGAAGAAGGAUACCCAUGUGGACCUCAUCUUCAUGGACAUACAGAUGCCGUUGCUAAACGGAUUCGAGGCAACGAAGUUCAUCAGGACGGACCCAGAAAUGGUACGGUGGAAGAACCUUCCCAUUAUUGGAGUGACUGCGACAGAAGAGCUAGGAGAUCGUGAAAAGGCCAAAGAGUAUGGCCUGACCGACUUUACGGUCAAGCCACUCAAUAAUGAGAUAACCAGAAAGUUCAUCGAGGAAAUUAUGGAUCCUGUCGCUGUGGUGAAGCGGAGAGGGACCGUUGGAGGAGCGUCUUUGGGGCCAUUGGGGUAGGGCCUGAGUAAGAGUAGUGUAUGGCAUUUGCACAAGUACACGCCGAAGCCGUAUGAAGUCGAAAAGAAAGAGACUUCGCUUUACGCAUUUAAAUUUUGAAGUCACUGGAUCACUGGACUUCGUAAUAA